AUGGCCGAGCUCAUGAGCCUAGCAGGAGCCGCAGCUGCCAAGCAAUGCGUCCAGCUCCAGGUCCCUGUCCCGGUGAUCGCCAACAACUCUCACUACGAGAUGCCGCGCGUUGACAGUGGCAUCGAUGCUAUCGGCUGGGAGCUCAACGUCACCACGUGGUCCGCGCCCAGCUUCCUGGAGCGCAACACCGGGCCAGUGUCAGUGGACCGGACCUUCAACAUCAGCGCACAGCUCUGUGUGCCCUCGGCGUCGGGCGGGUCCAAGGCGGGUUUCCUACAAAUAGCGACUCAGGGUCUAGCGUGGGAUAAGAGAUACUGGGACAUCGAGGUCAACCCUCAAGAGUACUCCUACCUUGACGCUGUAAUCAGCCAAGGCUAUUCCCUCCUGACCUACGACCGCCUUGGCACAGGCCAGUCUGAGAUCCCAGACGACGCCUACGACAUCGUGCAGAUCCCGACAGAAGUCGAGAUACUAGCUGGGCUGACCAAGCUCGCGCGCAGUGGCAAGCUGCUUGGGUCAUCUACCAUCGUCGCCGCCACCAACACCACCGCCAACAUUUUCACCGCGGCAGACCCACCAUCCAAGAUCAUCCACGUCGGCCACUCCCUAGGUUCCUACAUAACCAGCGGCCUCCUUGCCCACCACGGUGACCUCUCUGAUGGCGCCGUGAUGACUGGGUACUAUCUCAACUCCCAUCUGGGCCUCGUCAACGUGUCCUUCUUUGACCACGGCUUCGCGGCUGAGAGCGCCCCAGCAAAGUUCGCGCACUAUCCUUCAGGAUACCUCUUGUCCACCGGGCCGGAGAAUAUGCAAAAGACUUUCUUGAGGGCGGGCGCGUUCGCGCCGGAGAUGCUGGAUUAUUUGGACGAAGUUAAGCAGCCUGAGGCAGUGGGGACGUAUGCUUCUGAGAGUGUUGUUUUUGGGCCUGCUACGGAUUUCAAAGGGCCGCUUCAGUUCAUCACCGGCGAGUACGACUUCCCGACCUGCGGCGGCGAUUGCAAUGGCAUCGGAACCCCAGAGCUUGUCGAGACGCUCUUCCCGGGUGCGGUGAAUCCGUCCAUUUACCUUCAGCCGAAUACUGGGCACGCGCUCACGCUGCACUACAAUGCGUCUGCCGGCUUCCAAGUCAUGUUUGAAUACUUGAGUGCGAAUGGGCUAUAG